UGAUGGUGGAGGUAGCCGCGGCCUUCGCUCAGGUAAAAAGGGACGAAGCGAUGCAUACUGAAGACAACUUCCCUUUUGCGUAGUUCUCUCCAGUUUUUACACGCUCCGGAAAAGGAGCCAUCUAACGGGAGGAGGCCAGCUACCCUUUGCAGCCCUACUCUAAGACCUGGCCCUGGGGAGUGCAAGGACGGACGGAGAUCGGCCGACUCUUCCUGCUCGAGAGUGGGAUGGCCGCGCCUGUCAGGCUUGGGUGGCUGGGGCGGGGAUGCUGUGGGGGUCUCCUGGAACCUGUCGGGUCUUCAGUCUUGACACCUGGCAGUGAAACGAGCCUUCCGCCUUCAGGUGAAUUCUAAAAGGUGAAUCCAGCUGCCCUUAUGCUCUCAUCUGGUGGCGGUGUUCCUGGGAAAAAAAAGGCAUGCUGACCCUCUAGACUCCUCUAUGUCUGCUGUGGUACAAGAACUGUAUGCUGAGUUGCCAGUUGCCCUCUCUGCUGAACUUACUGCUUUGUCUGAUCCAAAGAUUGUACUGGAUGUGCAAGCUGAAGCAUCAGCAUUUGUGCUGACGUGCAGUAGUGAUUUACCAUCUGAGCACCAAAGAAAUUAUGGGUUGAAAAUCUGUUCCCAGAACUCUGAUGAAAGGCUGGAUUGUACAGGCAAGAUAUCUUGCUCUGGACAGAUGGAACUAAUUUCUGAAGAGCCUGCAGUAAAUGGAGCUCUUGUAGAAGAUGCUGAGGUACAAAACAAGUGUUUACUGAAGAAAGAGUCUCUUUGUAAAAACCUAAGAGAAAGUGCAAAAGUGGCUGAAAAUACAAAAGAUGUUGCUGAAUAUGGGCUUGUACGGUAUUCUCAAACCCCACAGGAAAAUGGUUGUUCAAAAUGGGAGCAGUCACAGCUAAACCAGGAGGAGGGAGAAUUUGUUUCAGUGUCUUCCUUUGCGGAAAUAGCAGACUUUGUGCAGAAUCUAGAAGAAAACCCAGCAAAUAUGCAGAUGACAACUGAAAGUCUGCCAGACUCCAUAAAAGAAGCACAAGGUAUGAAGGCUGAUGGGACUAGGCUGUUUAGAGAGAGGAAUACCAGAGUGGGUACAGGUGUUCCGCCUGAGAGGAGUGAGUGCUCAAAUGUAGACAAUGUCAUGGCUAAGGUUGAGGUUUCAAAAAACAGCACCUUAUUCUCUCACAAGCCUGCAAAUGUAAUGGACAAUGCCUUUUCAGAAGAACAUCCACAAAAAGUGGACACACCUCAAGAGAUGACAGCCCAUACAGUCUUAUCAGCAACCUUGGGGACCUGUGUCCUUUCUGGCUCAGAGGCUGGAGGAGAAACAUCAUUCAAUCAAUAUAAGGAUGCCUACCCAACCCUUAAUGACAAUCUGCCUUUCCAGCAGGAUACAAAGAACUUGCAUAAUAAUUUACCUAUUCCAGUAUCAGAAAGGUUGGUUGCUAUUGAUGAUCAACUAUCAGAUAUGAGUUCGGAGGCCUCCAGUGUUCACUUUAAAAGUUGUUUGGAAUUUGGAAGUGUGUUAUGGGAAGAUAAUUUGAAGCCCUCUGAAGUUAUGUGUGAAAUUCAGGAGGAGUGCCCUCUUGGCAAGGAGGACAGCUUGAAAAGCAACACUAGUUCUGAAGCAAUUGAACUUCUGGAAGUAUGGGCAUCUGACAUAAAUAUGAAGAUUGUGUCACCAGCCUGGAGCAAUGAAGAUCCAUCUGCUGAUGAUGAACAAGAAAUUAGUAUUUACAAGGAACAUUCCUAUAGUAGUGUUUGUAAGGAAAGUUCUGAAUGUCAGACAUCUAAUGAACAUUUAGAAGAUUAUAUAAGACCAGUCCUUUCAGAAACUGACAGCACACAAAAGGAGAUGGAUCAGCUCUGUGCCUUUCUCAAUGAUAGAUGUAUGGCCAUUGAGAUGGAAGAAAAUAGGUCCUUUUUGAUGGAAGCCAGCAACAUCGUCUGCAAGCAAGAAACUUCUGGAGGCUUACAGAACAGUUCCAUUGUAAACAUUAAUUCAAUUCCUACGUAUCAUGACUCUUUGGGUGAUGACACUAAAUUAUGUCAAGGGUUUUUACUGAAAAUAGAAUCCAACAGUGACACAAGGAAAGGAGUCUUGAGUAAUGCUUCAGCUACACAUCUGCAUGCUACCAAUUCUACUUUUAUAAUAGGCACCAACCUUGGUACUCAUGAAGAAGAUCAUAAAAGAAUUCAACUCUCUGAUGAACAUUCAUUUACCCAGCAAAGUGAUGCGACUUUCAGUAGCACUGAGUUCCUAGAUAGCCUCCCUGGAGAAGAACUCCUUGGACUGUGUGCAAAAUUGCAGCCAAGCAGCACUGACUGCCGCCUUCAUCACAGGAGGAAGUUGCCUUCAACUAAUCAGAAAUGUAGUAGUUGCAUCUUAACACGUGUGCCAUCUAAGCUGAAUGAUGCCACAGCAAAUACUAAAGAAGGUGAGGGACUGGAAAUGAGUUGUGCAUCUGUACCUCUCAGGACAGCUGGCCCUCCUAAGGAGCCUGAUGUUAAGGAAUGUGACUGUCCCCCUGAUGAAAGUAGCUGGGAUCAUUUACAUUCUGCUUGCUAUGUGGGUGUGUCUGGCACUGGUCUAUCUCAGGCUGACUCUUUAGAGUUCCAUUUAGAAGAUGAAAAUCAGAGAGCUAAUGAUGGUGGUGGUGUAAAUGCAGAAGAAAUUCUGAAUGCUGACAUCAGUAGUUGCUCUCUAGAAACAAACCUAGAACAAGAACUGAUUAAGGCUUCACUAGAGAUUAAUGACAGAAUGGAAAUGAUGAAAAGUGUAAAAGCAAAUAAAAUCAGUUUUGGAAACAGCAGGAAUGAAAAAUCAGCAGGUGGCAGAGACUUGAAUAAAACUGUCCGUCCCCUUAAAUUUCACAGCUUCAAAAAAGGACAGGGCCAUAAAGAAUUAGAGAACUAUAAAGUUCACCUUUAUUCUUCUUCUUCAGAUGAUUUCAGUCUGAAGAGAGACCUGAUCUCUGACCACAUAGAUUACACAAAGCAGCAGGAACAUCCCAUUCUGAAUAAAAAUCCAGGUAGUCUUCAGAUGAGAGUUCAGGCCCUUGCAUGUCAGGAUUAUCAUCUUCAUAGUCUAGAUCCUUUUAAGCAGAAAAAUGUAAUCCCCAAAGAAAUUAGAGUUCUAGCAUGCCAGCAACAUGAUUUGGUUAUCUCCAAAAGGCAAAAGGGAGAUAAUACUAUUCAGACUGUGAACCAUUCACUUGAAGAACCUGUCAUCUUUAGUCAAGAUGAGUUAGUGUGUCCAAAGAGAGACCAAGAUACAACUCUACAAAUUCACCCAGUGCUCUUAACAAAAAAUGGUGGUCGAGAGACAUUUCAGUCGUGCAUGAGAGGUAAUAGCUCAUGGUAUAAAAAAGGAUCAGAAUUAAUCAGCAAUCCUCUGAAAGGAAGGUUAAUAAAAUUAAACAACACUGGAAUACUUUUAGAAUGUUUAGGACUUGUUUCUGAACUACUAAAAUCAAAUAGAUUCAUUCAGAAAUGGGGACGUCAGAGAACAACUGGAUUUUGUUCUGUCCUGCGAUCAGUCAGGAGGAGAUCUUUGGAAAUGCGAAAUAGAAAAUGCUUCCUAAAGGUUAGUGGUAAACCCAGAUUACUUCCUAAUCACAGGUCAUUACUUCUGAAAUCACUGAUGUUUACAACAGCUGGAGGUCAGAGAACUAUGGAGGGUGUGUAUUCAAAAUUGUUCAAGGACAGUUUUACAUAUAUAUCUUUAGGAAUGCAGCCUGCUCAAAAUUCAGUAUCCUGUUUGCCUCAAAAAGAUGAACCGUCUACUUCAUUGACUCUGAAUGUUUUUGACUCUUCGGUAGCAGCAGUGUCAUUGGAAAGAAGAGCAGAUGAUUACAUUCACCUAGUAUUUCCAGAGGAUAGCAAAUCAUGCUGUUCUGUCAAAGGAGUUGUAUAUGUGGGCUGUCUUCCUGGGAGCAAAGAGAUACUAGUAAGCACCAUGCAUAGCAUGCCAGGUGUUAAAGUAAUAGGAGAAAUUUUAUCCAUAACAUUCAGUGGUCUUGAACUCUCAAAGAAAAUCAAACAGUCAUCUGACAAUAACCAGGGACAGCGUAGUAUAAUAACUGAGGAAACAAAGAUACCAAUUCAUUUGCUCAGUAAAGAUUCUUCUACAGCUCUUUUGGAUGUACUUCUUGUUGGGAAAGAAGAAAUCAUAAUUCCAUUUAACUCUGAAAUAUACACAAGGCCUUCUUUUUCCCAUCCGCUUGAAUGCAUUUCAGAGCUUAGUUUGAAUGAAGGACACCCUCAUGCCAAAGAUCCCUUCAAACCAGCAAUUGUCAAACAGCAAGUUUUGCAACUUAAAGAUGUAUUUUCCUCAAUAAUACUAGGAACGGUUUCCAGCACCAUGCCAUGUCCUUCCUUAAGUGUCAGUAUGUUCGAAGCCUUGGCCAAGUGGCUCAGUAGUCAAGAGAAAAAUCUGCAGACCACAGAGAAGCAGGCAAGAGACCAAAGGAAGGCAUUAGAUUAUUUGGUCAAUAUAAGCAGUGAGAUUCCUGCUUACAAAACAAUUCCUGAACGAGGAAAUUCUCCAACAUUUAUGAAGAAUACUACGGAAGAGGAAAUGGAGCAGAGUUUAGCUGAGUGCACUACUUUUUCUGAUGCAGGUAGUCAGCAAUGGGGGCCAAAAGAUAAGGGCGAGGCAGAGAACCUCUUCAGGCAGAGAUCCAUCAGAAUUGGAUAUUUUUCAGCCAGCUCUUGUAAUACAGCAGUAGCAUUGAGUGCUGGGAAGCCUGAGGAUUCUACAUGGACUCUGUUGGUGGGCAGUAUUGUUGAAAACAAUGAGGACAAACACCCUUGUAGCACUUUAAGGGACUCUAAAAGGCCAAAAAGAUCCAAAGAAUUAAUUGUGUUCGACUAUAUGGAGGCCAAGGAUUUGGAGGCCAGAGGUCCAAGCCUUUGCUUCAGGAACCAACAAUCAACCAGUGUCGACAUUCCUGUAGCUCCGAUCCUUUGUACGUGGUCACAAGUUUCUGGCUUUUGGCUUGGCGGAAUCCAAGUUGGAAAUGCACAUAAAAUAAGCCAAUCUCUUCCAUUAAGGAGAAAAUCAGGGAAUAUGUGUAAGAAGGGUUGCAUGCAAGCCCAUUUCAAGGUGAGAAGAAAAAGUAGCCAAAUUAAGAGUUCUGCUUUCCUAAAACAUCUUUUAGAGAUUGUUCCCAAUAAUAAAUUUAAGCUUAUUAGCUCAGUACAUUUAGCCAUGAAAUCAGCAGCCACAGAAAACAAAGCAGCUGUGAUGUGGGGCCCAACACCAACGCAAAGAGCCAACCAAAACAGCUUGGUAAACAUUUCCAGGGUUAGUGGACAUACCAAAGACCCAGCUGUCCUAAAGAGGCUGUCUGCAUUAGCCUAUAAUUUGCUGGUCCCUUCAACAAAUCCUCAGAUGUUCAAGCUAUCAAUGAAGUCCAAAGAUCUUUUCCCUAUAACUGAACAGAACAGCCAACUCAGAAGAAAAAAGCUACUGAAAGUAUUUUCCUGGGUUAACAUGAAGUUAAAUUCUCCAUGGAUUAAGGGCAGCAAGUACUCGACCAAGAUGUUCAACUCUCAGUCUUUGGCACUUUAUACUGUAGAUUCAAGAAAUGUGUCUGGCAUAGAGCCAAGCAACAGAAUUCCCCUGACAUCCAGUACUCCCACCUUUCCAAUUUCUUUUCAUAUAGAAAUGGGCUCCAGUCCUGUGUGGAGCACCCUGGGAAUUACAUCCUUGCACAGUGUAACUAACAGGAUGGCUUCAGGAGAGCCAGAAGUUUGCCAGCCUUCAAAAUGGACCUUUUCUUCCCACCUGUCUCAAAGCAGCUUGGGUGAAUUUCCAGUCUACGAAAGUCCCUGUAUUUCAGCAGAGUCUGGCAUUGCGUCAGCACCUCUACAUGCAGCAAAGGACAGCAGAAGAUAUGCUGUAGCUCAGAGGAGUCCAGGCUGUUCCAUGCUUGGCCUGCAGACAGUACUAGCAUUGUCUUCCCCUGGAUGUUAUAGGGUGUGGACGAGAGAAAGAAAUCUAACCAGUCGAAUCCCAGCUAUUCAGAGGCUGACUGUGCUUCAAUUUGCCCAGGGCUUGAAAGGGUUAAAAUGUUCCUCUUCUGUAUCAGCUGACCUCUUCUCUUCCUUGCCCUAUUUGCUGGGUAGGGCACUGUCCAUAUGGAGCCAGCAUGGUCCUUCCACCUGUCCCACCGAAUUCACUCUUCUCCAUUCCAAUCGCUGCAAGUGGCAGCCAGUCACUACCGCAACUACAAGUCUGGGCCUCGGGAACAGCUCUGCCAUGUUGCCCCAUGUGCCUGACCAGGUUGUUGACGUUCCCAGGAUCGUGCCUGACAAGCUGAGGUUGGAACCAUACUUCUCUGCGUCAUUACCAACAUCUUGCUCAAUUCCAGAACCUGAGCACUCUCCUCUGGGAGACUUGGCACCUGAAUUUCAGGUCCACCUAUUGAACAAUGUUUCUGUCUCUGUGCUGCCUACAACUAGUACUCAGUUGGAAAAAGCAAAAUUAGAAAAGAGGCCAAAGAAGGUUUCUCAGAUUCGAAUUCGAAAGACUAUUCCUAGACCAGAUCCCAACCUCACCCCGAUGGGACUUCCUAGACCAAAGAGGUUAAAGAAGAAAGAAUUCAGUUUAGAAGAAAUAUAUACCAACAAGAACUACAAAUCUCCUCCUGCAACCAGGUGCCUAGAAACUAUCUUUGAGGAGCCAAAGGAGAAAAAUGGAUCCUUGAUCUCCGUCAGCCAACAGAAGAGAAAGCGGGUUUUGGAGUUUCAGGACUUUACCAUUCCCCGGAAGAGAAAAGCUCGCAGCAGAGUCAAAGUGAUGGGUAGUUUCACCCGGGCACAAAAAGCAGCCUUGGAGGGAAGAGAACUUGAUUCCCUUCUGAUUCAGAAACUAACAGACCUUGAAACUUUUUUUGCCAUGGAGGAGGAACGGGAGCAAGGGCAUGCACCUGGGAGUUGAGGGAACCAUGUAGAAAUGGCUUAAGACAGUGAUUCAAUGUGCUUGGAAGGACCCUUACCAGUUUUCCCAUACCAUCUGCUCACCUCUGAUACUCACAAAUUAGCUGUUGGUUAUGGAUCUUAAGGUGCCUAUAUAGAAUUUUUAAUUGCUGGAAGAGAGCCCGUCAUUUUCCAUAAUGCAUUCAGUUGACUCUGGAAAUUAUUGUUAACAUCUGUGGUUUUAAGAUUUUUUUUGAAAAUCAGUGGGGCAGAUUCAAGGCUGAAGUAACACAUCUUCAAAUAUGGUAGAAUUCUAAGAGCUUGUGAACCUUGUACAUUUAUUUGCAUCCACUGCUUUUCUCCUUAGUGGCUCCAAAACAUUGUGACUGGGGUGUAGGGAACACAAAGUACAUUUAUAUAGGCACCUCAUGUUGAAGUAAGGCCUGCACAUAAAAAGUGUGGUGCUUCCGUCCUCUUGCCCCCGGAGGUGUCGGGCAGCAGGACCUACCUGUGAGACCCAGAGCUUAGCAAAUUGCACUUUGUCUUUUGUUUGCUGCAUGAGGGUACCUCAUAAUAUGUGAUGUCAUGCAUAUUUUAAAUCAUGCAUUAUAAGGGUACAGAUUUUAGUCCUGUCUGAGAUUACUUUAGCUGUUUUAAAUUUUUCUCGCAGAUCUGAAGACAUGCAAGAAACAGCUGGUAACCUGAGCUCAGCCUCGUUCUGUACUAUUUCUCCACAGUGUUGGGUUGCUAGCACUGAUGAAUUUAAGGAUGGAAGGUUUUUAAUUUUUGUUUAAAAGAAGAGAGCUGAAAGGCCUCAAAAAUGUGUCUCCCUCCCACCCCAAUCUCCCUUUUAUGGUUCUUUAAAAUUCAAACGUUAUCUAGCUUGUCUGACAGAACAAAUUGGUCUCUUGAUUGUGGUUAGCAAUCUAUUAUCAUAUCCUGUAUCCAGUUUAGUAAGCAGGCAUACCCUAACCUUUCUUCCGUAAAGGGAAUGCUGCUGCCUUCUUUCAGAUUCUGUUAAGUUUUUUAUUUGACUGUUUCACAUCAUGAACAGCUGUGAUCAGGUACUUACUGUCUGCAGUGCCUAUACAUGCAAUUUGAGCCAGGCUUAACAGCAGAAAUGCUCAAUGAUUGUCUCCCACUUUUGCAUCUCAGAUUUUGUACUUUGUGCCUCUGUUCCCCAUGGAUAGGUUCCUGUUACCUCUUGAAUACAUAACUCCAGUACCCAAUUUAUAUGAAGCCAUGCUAGAGAAAGCUUAGCCCUUUUUUCUUAAAGGAAAUGCUGCUGCCCUCUUGGGAUGCAAAUGAUAUGCUAUCAUCUCUUUUCUCUGCCAGUCCUGUGUUUUAAGAGCAGGCACAGAACUGAAAUCAGCCAAUGUAGCCUGUGGACUCCUGGGCCUUAAAGCAAGAAGUGGAAGGGCAAUGAAUGCCACUCUGUGCCUGAAAUGCAAAAUGGAUUUCUGCUCUAGACCCAUCUGCAUGGAUACCUUGAUAGUUUCCUCCCCCUAUAAUCAAGAUAAGAACUGAAAAUAAUUAUUUUAAUAGCCAGUAAAUAACAAGAUGCAUUUGCAAAUCAAUUGGCUCUCAAGGCCAUCAAGUAAUAGCUUCAUCAUGGGUAGAACUCCACCCCUGAAUAUUUUUUAUCUUAAUAUGUUGGGAGCACUGAUCUGAAUCAUUUUUAGAAGUAUGUUUAAAACCAUUUUGUCCCAUAGUGGGAUUUUAUAACACACUGGUACAGACUCUAAUGUGGAAACUUUGUCAGGUUCUGGUGUGAAACUAUGUAGCUAAACUGGUGUUCCAUUAGUGCCAGGCAGGGAGAAUGCUUUAAGCAUGAUUCUGGUUUCCACUGUGAGUUUUUUUUUAAUGUUUGAGGUUUUGUUUUUAGCACUGUCUCUUCCUUUGUAACUGUUUUUAUAAAGCUGCAACAGGAAAUGCUAUAACUAUUUCUGUUCAGAAAACAGUGCUGAAGAUAUUCUCCCUCUGAGGCAGGUGGACAUCUUGCUUGGGUGAUUCCCACUCCUUUCUUCAGGGAGGCAGGAUCCAAUUCUUUCCAUUUCCUGUCUCCCUUCUGCAGUUCUUAUGGAUGUUUCAUGGCUCUAAAACUCGGUGACGGGUAUGUGUUCUCAAAGUCCCCACAGCCAGUUUUCUGGGAACAGCAUAAGUGUUUUCAUUGUUGAUAACAGCAUCUGCCGAAACUCCCUGUACUCGAAAGAGAAAUUGAGGAUAUUCCCUUGGAAGGCUGCCUUCAGACAAAGCCCUUCUAAAAUGUGGGCAGUGCAGGGGAAAGAAGACAGGGAUGUUGGUUGCUUGUUUUGAUAUUCAGUACAAUCAUGGGUGAGGGGAGGGAACUAGCAUAAUAGACAUAAAAUCCCCCCUCAAAAAACACCUUAAGAAAACUAUAGUAUCAUUCUUAGCAGUGGGGCACAAAACAGAAUAAUAUUUUUACCCCUUGCAAUUGCCAGUAGAAUUCUUAUUAUGGGAUUUGCCAGACCUCUGCUCAGCAGAGGCAUCAAGCAUUCGAAUGUUUUCAUCUAUCAAGUUGUUCUGGUUGAUGUUGGAUUAAGAGCUCAGUGAUGAUUGUAGUUCAUGAUUAAGAACAGCUUGUGAAAAAUGCUUGUUUGAAUACUUCAUGUUAAGAAAAUACUGAAAGGAAAUUUGGACACAUACUUUAUCAUGCCAUUUUUUUUUAGAUUUCGAUAUGCUUCAAAUUUUAAAUCUGAUUUUUCCUAUGUGCUUAAAUUAAAAAAAAAUCAAGUGUA